UGCCCCAUCAUUGGUGUCAGUGUUAAGAAUCGUGCCCCAUCAUUGGUGUCAGUGGAAGGAAUAGUGCCCCAUCAUUGGUGUCAGUGGGAAGAAUUGUGCCCCAUCAUUAGUGUCAGUGGGAGGAAUUGUGCCCCAUCAUUAGUGUCAGUGGGGGGAGGAAUAGUGCCCCAUUGUUGGUGUCAGUGGGGGGGGGGAAUAGUGCCCCAUCAUUGGUGUCAGUGGGAAGAAUAGUGUCCUAUCAUUGGUGUCAGUGGGAGGAAUAGUGUCCCAUCAUUGGUGUCAGUGGGAAGAAUAGUGCCCCAUCUUUGGUGUCAGUGGGAGGAAUAGUACAUCAU